GCAUAGCCCACCAUGGUGGCUUUAAAUCCCCCUUCAUCCUGCACGCAGAAGCGAGCGGAACAGAGUGAUGGAGUGGCCGGUUACGGCCGUCGCACUUCGGCGAGUUCGUCACCCCCACUUCCCACGACAGAGAGAGUUGGGAGCUUCUUUUUUUUUUUUUUCUCGAAUCUCUCACCCAAUUUUGCAAUCUAAUUUUUCAAAAUAUCUCUGCUAUUAGAAACCAACAAAAAUAUAUCCCUACACAGCUACACUAAAAUCACACGAAUAUCUUUGUUCCAAAAUAAAAUUGAGCAAAGAACCAACUAGUCUAGAAUAUAGCUUCGUAACCGACCUGGUCAAACUAACAUAUCCAUCUUCCCUACAAAAAAAAAUCUAACAGAAUCCCAUGGCCAUAAACAACACAAAUAUCAGUUCACUCCGUCACAAAUCCUUUCCUCGCAUCACAUAUCCCAUAAACCAUCCUCCCUUCCCCUCCCAUUAUGGCCGCCGUCGAAUCCUUCGAAGAUUGGGAGUCAGUUCACUUCCCCGAGAAGAACCCCUCCUCCUCUUCCUCCGCCGUCGCGCCGAAUGAGUCGGAAACGAUCGCCGACGUUCAACUAAACGGCACCGUUGCCACGUCCUCCGUGUCUCCUCCUUCGGCCGGCGUCAUUUGCCCUCCUCCACCAAUUAACCACGAAAUCGUCCAGAUUAAUCAACCGUCGUCUCUAACCCUCUCCCUCCCGCCACCGGAGAAUGAAUCCGGCGAUGAAGGAGGAGGGAGUGAAAUUGGGGAUGCGGAUUCAGGGGAGAGGAGGAGUAGGGAUCGGUUCGAGAUUCUGAAGUCGGGAAUCUAUCGGGUCGUGCGGUGGUGCGCCGUCGGCCGGGGGAGCAGCGGGCUGUGGUCGUGCGUGGUGGUGGCGGCGGCGAUUUUGAUGUACGCGAGGCUAAUGAAGUGGAGGCGCUGGGUGCGGGACGAGACGGCCAACCGUUUCAGUCUCCUUAUCAGAGAAAAAGAUGAGAAAAUCAAGCAGCUGAUGUUGCAGAUUGCGAGGCUGAACGAGAUGCUUGUACAGCGGCGCAGAGUUGUUGUGGUUCGAGUUCCUCACUAUUAUAGUCUAUAGAAACGCUGUAAAUCGAUCAAAGUUUGUUUGGCCUAUAAUUAAGUUGCUUGCACCAAUCUCUCCCAUUCGAUCCAUCCAAAUUUGCCAACAAAUUGCUAUAGGCGAC